AUGCUACGCCCAUUUUCAACAUUAUCGGCCAUUUCCUUCUUGUUGCUCGGAUCUCUGUCAGGGAAAGCUCUCGCAGGCCAAGUUUUGACGACGUCUGGAUUCAGUACCUGUCUAGCGAGCUCGGACAUCACCGUCCAAAAGCUGGACAUCACAUACGACAAUGACGCGAAGACUGUGACCUUUGAUGUCGCUGGCACGAGUGCCAAAAGUAUGAACGUGACGGCCGUUCUCAACGUCACAGCAUACGGAAAACAAGUCUACCAAAACAAUUUCAAUCCUUGCGACUCUACUACCUUUGUAUCUCAGCUAUGCCCAGUACCCGUAGGUACCUUCUCUGCCACAGGCACCCAAGACAUCCCUGCUUCAUACGCAUCGAUGAUCCCCUCGAUUGCAUUCUCGAUUCCCGACAUUGCAGCACAGGCAACUUUGCAGCUGAAAGCUCUUGAUACUGGGACAGAUGUCGCUUGUAUAACCUCCCAAGUUACCAAUGGCAAGACCGUCAGCGUACCUGCAGUCUCAUAUGUUGCAGCAGGCGUGGCUGGUGCUGCCCUACUUGUCACGGGGUUUUCUGCUAUUGGUGCUGCUGCGAACGGAGGAAGCACCGGUGGCACUGGAACGGCGAGUCCAUCGUUCGGAGAAACCAUGGGUUGGUUCCAAGGAAUUGCCAUGAAUGGCAUGAUGUCCGUCAACUACCCAGAAGUCUAUCGAAGUUUCACCAAGAACUUUGGCUUUAGCACGGGGAUGAUUCCAUGGACUGCGAUGCAGACGUCCAUCGAUAACUUUCGAUCAAAAACAGGCGGAAACCUUACCGAAGACAGUGUUCAAUUUCUUCAGAAUGCAACACUUGUUUUUGGUGAUGGAUCGACUAAGGCAUCGAAAAGGACUUAUGAAGCUAUUCUUCUAAUCAGAGAUUCGAUCUCAACCAAUGUCAAUUCGUCCACAACAGCUAGCUCCUCAAACUCCACAAUUCAGACCACGGUGAGCGGCAUCAAGGCCUAUGUUGAAGAGCUGUCAGUACCACAAGCAAACACAUUCAUGACGGUUCUCCUCAUCGCAGCUGUUGUUGUGGCUGCGAUAGUUGUAGGAAUUUUGCUCUUUAAGGUCAUCUUGGAGACGUGGGCACUUUUUGGCUCGUUCCCCAAGGGUCUCACUGGAUUUCGCAAGCAUUACUGGGGAACAAUGGCACGCUCUAUUGUUAACUUGAUCCUCGUUUUGUACGGUGUUUGGGUACUCUACUGUAUUUUCCAAUUCACACAUGGGGAUUCGUGGGCUGCAAAAGCCCUCGCGGGUGUCACUCUUGCACUGUUCACCGGUGUUCUCGCCUUCUUUACCUUCAAGAUCUGGCAGGCGGCAAAACGUCUCAAGGCAAUGGAAGGAGACGUCUCCGGUCUCUACGACAAUAAGGAUUUCUGGAUAAAAUAUUCGUUAUUCUAUGAUUGUUACAAGAAAGAUUUCUGGUGGCUUUUCAUCCCAACCAUCAUCUAUAUGUUCGCAAGGGGAUGUGUUUUAGCAGCUGCAGAUGGGCACGGUCUUACACAGACUGUUGCCCAAUUGAUCAUUGAGUGUCUGAUGUUGGGUCUGCUCAUCUGGAAUCGUCCUUACGAGAGAAGGAGCGGAAACGUCAUCAACAUCUUCAUCCAAGUUGUCCGAGCUCUCUCCGUGGUCUGCAUCCUAGUCUUCGUCAAAGAGCUUGGAAUUUCUCAAACCACUCAAACCGUCACGGGCGUCAUUCUCAUCGCCGUGCAGUCCGCCUUAACUGCAGUUCUAGCCAUCCUCAUUGCGGUAAAUGCAAUUAUCAUGUGCUGCAAGGAGAACCCCCACCGCAAGCGCCGCAAGGAACUCGAGAAACUCCGUGACCUUGACAACCUCACUCCUUUGGAUGCGCGCAAUUCGCUCCUCAUGGACCCAACCAACAUCCCUAAUCACACAAUAUACGAAAACGACCCAAAGCACCCGCUCGUGAAGCAACAAACACCAGACAGCUUCAUGAACGAGCCCGGGAACCCAUACUCCAACGACACACCGCUGCGUCCUUACACACCCGGCUCGCAACGAGGAUUCGCGCCCACGCCACGGCCGUACACUCCACAAAUGCACCGGCCACAGCACAGUGUGGAAAGCGCGGAACAUCUCCUUCACGGCCAAAGUCCCCCCCGGCAACCUACUUUACCAAACUUGCAAGAUUAUAGAGAAUAUCGAGGAGCUGGGUACUAG